GGGAUGAGAUUUUUAUCCCCGAAACCAAAUCCGGUGGUGAAAAAAAAAGUAUAUCAUCUUUUUCUUUUUUUCUUGUCCUUCCUUUUGUUAUGAACAGAUUACCUUUUGGAUCUUUUCAUGCAUCUCAUUUCAAUCCUCAACAAGUACAACAAUGGCAAUUAUAUCUUCAACGGUUACAAACCAAUAUGCACGAUCCAUAUGUUAUUAAUAAUAAUCUAGAAGAAGAAGAACAACAACAACAACAAGAAGAAGACAAUUAUAUUACAACAGAACAAGAACAAGAGCCAUUAUCUAAGGAAGCUCUUGCUAUAUUUGAAUUCUCAGAAGCCUAUUCAAAACAAAAAGAACAAGAUAAUAUGAAAGACGAUGACCUUAAGAACAAUCAAGAAAAAGAACUUAUAUUAAAUGAAUUUCAUACACUAUAUUCUGAUGGAAUAGAGGCACCAGCAACAUCUCUUGUAUUAUUAUCAUCACCUAUACCCAAUAAGGACAAUGAUUUGUCUCGUAUUGAUAUUCAAAGGCAUCUACUCAAUUCAUCCUAUGUGACUGCAUGUACUUUACAAGAAGAACAAUCAUCCUUGGUUAUGUGGCCUGUCCUUCCUUUUAGAUUAUAGUUUUAGAAAAUUAUGUGUACGCAUUUUAGUAGUUUGAACGCGGAGUUAAUUACCAAAUACACAAUAAAAAAAAAAUAAACUCUA